GCAAGAGGAAUCGCAUGUGUCGCUUCAGCUGGCGGUAGUGGCAGGAGCGGAGGCGGUGGAGGCUGUGCGACCGCCUGGGUAAUAACCCCUCGUGCCUCUCCCGCUUCGGAGAAGCUUGUAGAGAGCGUGAGGAAGCUGAGGUUUUGAAAUGGCUGCUGACAUUUCUGAAUCCGGUGGGCAUGAUUGCAGAGGAGACCAGAGGAGCAACACCAAGUUAGAUGCAGAUUACCCACUUCGAGUCCUUUACUGUGGAGUCUGUUCAUUACCAACAGAGUACUGUGAAUAUAUGCCUGAUGUUGCUAAAUGUAGACAAUGGUUAGAGAAGAAUUUUCCAAAUGAGUUUGCAAAACUUACUGUAGAAAAUUCACCCAAACAAGAAGCUGGAAUUAGUGAGGGUCAAGGAACAGCAGGGGAAGAGGAAGAGAAGAAAAAACAAAAGAGAGGUGGAAGGGGUCAAAUAAAACAGAAAAAGAAAACUGUACCACAAAAGGUUACGAUAGCCAAAAUUCCCAGAGCAAAGAAGAAAUAUGUAACGAGAGUGUGUGGCCUUGCAACUUUUGAAAUUGAUCUUAAAGAAGCACAAAGAUUUUUUGCUCAGAAAUUCUCCUGUGGUGCCUCAGUAACAGGGGAGGAUGAAAUCAUCAUUCAGGGAGACUUUACAGAUGAUAUUAUUGAUGUCAUUCAGGAAAAAUGGCCAGAGGUGGAUGAUGAUAGCAUUGAAGAUCUUGGAGAAGUGAAGAAGUGAUUUUGAAAAUGUGUCUGUAUUUAAUGAUCUGAGCUGAUUGUUGAUGUGGCCAAAGGGAGAGAGGCCUUUUAAAAAUAUAUAUAUUUAUCCUACAGUAAAACUGUAGCCUACCCUUCACCCUUGGAAUUUUCACUGUUCUGUACAAGGCUGCUUGUUUUUUGGUGUUUUGGUUUUUUUUUUAAUUGCCAAAGUCUAAUAAACAGGAGAGACUGUCAUGCUUAUGCAUGAGAUAGAAUUUAGUCAAAUAAAAAUUUUUGGUCA